CUGUGAUUGGCUGCCGGUCUCCCCGCCCACGUUCCCAGCCGGUGAAGGUGAAGGUGAAAUUCUCAGUUUGUCGUUGCCGACCGUUCUGUCCUCUGCUCGCUAUGGCCGCUGCCUCCAUCUUCUCCUCCGUCCCCCAGGCGCCCCCCGUGGCUGUAUUCCAACUCACCGCAGAUUUCCGGGAGGACAGCGACCCCAGGAAGGUCAACCUGGGAGUGGGAGGUGAGAGCCCGGCCGGAGCUGGAAUAGGGGGGGUCACUGCAUUCACUGUAUAUUCACUGCAUUCACUGUAUAUUCACUGCAUUAUUACUGUAUAGUCACUGCAUUCACUGUAUAUUCACUGCAUUAUUACUGUAUAGUCACUGCAUUCACUGUAUAUUCACUGCAUAAUUACUGUAUAGUCACUGCAUUCACUGCAUUAUUACUGUAUAGUCACUGCAUUCACUGCCAUUACUGAAAUUACUAUAGUCACUGCAUUCACUGCCAUUACUGAAAUUACUGCAUUCACUGUAUAGUCACUGUCAUUAUUACUGUAUAGUCACUGCAUUCACUGCCAUUACUGAAAUUACUAUAGUCACUGCAUUCACUGCCAUUACUGAAAUUACUGCAUUCACUGUAUAGUCACUGUCAUUAACUGGGAUCACUGUAUAGUCACUGGCAUUUCUGCAUUCACUGUAUAGUCACUGCAUUCACUUGGAUCACUGUCAUUAACUGGGAUCACUGUAUAGUCACUGGGAUCACUGCAUUCACUGUCAUUUCUGCAUAUACUGCAUUCACUGGGAUCACUGCAUAUACUGCAUUCACUGGGAUCACUGCAUAUACUGCAUUCACUGGGAUCACUGCAUAUACUGCAUUCACUGGGAUCACUGACAUUCACUGCAUAUACUGCAUUCACUGGGAUCACUGCAUAUACUGACAUUCACUGGGAUCACUGUAUAUUCACUGCAUAUACUGUCAUUCACUGGGAUCACUGCAUAUACUGUCAUUCACUGGGAUCACUGUAUAGUCAGUCACUGGGAUCACUGUAUUUACUGGGAUCACUGCAUAUACUGACAUUCACUGGGAUCACUGUAUAUUCACUGCAUAUACUGUCAUUCACUGGGAUCACUGCAUAUACUGUCAUUCACUGGGAUCACUGCAUAUACUGUCAUUCACUGGGAUCACUGUAUAGUCACUGGGAUCACUGUAUAGUCACUGGGAUCACUGCAUAUACUGACAUUCACUGGGAUCACUGUAUAUUCACUGCAUAUACUGUCAUUCACUGGGAUCACUGCAUAUACUGUCAUUCACUGGGAUCACUGCAUAUACUGUCAUUCACUGGGAUCACUGCAUAUACUGUCAUUCACUGGGAUCACUGUAUUUACUGGGAUCACUGUAUUUACUGGGAUCACUGCAUAUACUGUCAUUCACUGGGAUCACUGCAUAUACUGUCAUUCACUGGGAUCACUGUAUAGUCACUGGGAUCACUGUAUUUACUGGGAUCACUGCAUAUACUGACAUUCACUGGGAUCACUGUAUAUUCACUGCAUAUACUGUCAUUCACUGGGAUCACUGCAUAUACUGUCAUUCACUGGGAUCACUGCAUAUACUGUCAUUCACUGGGAUCACUGUAUAGUCACUGGGAUCACUGUAUAGUCACUGGGAUCACUGCAUAUACUGACAUUCACUGGGAUCACUGUAUAUUCACUGCAUAUACUGUAAUUCACUGGGAUCACUGCAUAUACUGUAAUUCACUGGGAUCACUGCAUAUACUGUCAUUCACUGGGAUCACUGUAUUUACUGGGAUCACUGUAUUUACUGGGAUCACUGCAUAUACUGUCAUUCACUGGGAUCACUGCAUAUACUGUCAUUCACUGGGAUCACUGUAUUUACUGGGAUCACUGUAUUUACUGGGAUCACUGCAUAUACUGACAUUCACUGGGAUCACUGUAUAUUCACUGCAUAUACUGUCAUUCACUGGGAUCACUGCAUAUACUGUCAUUCACUGGGAUCACUGUAUAUACUGACAUUCACUGGGAUCACUGUAUAUUCACUGCAUAUACUGUCAGUCACUGGGAUCACUGCAUAUACUGUCAGUCACUGGGAUCACUGCAUAUACUGUCAGUCACUGGGAUCACUGUAUAGUCACUGGGAUCACUGCCCUUUACUGGGAUCACUGCAUAUACUGACAUUCACUGGGGUUACUGUCAUUUACUGACAUUCCUGCAUAUACUGCCAUUUACUGCAUUCACUGGGAUCACUGCAUAUACUGCCUUCAUUGCCAUUACUGCAUUCACUGCAGGGGAUCUGUCAGUGCUGGGGGACAAUGUCAUAGCAUACUGGACAUGUCUGGGGGGGGGGGAGUGUGAUGCUGUGACAGGACAUGUCUGGGGGGGAGGUGAUGCUGUGAUAGGACAUUCUUCAUUAUGUUCUACAUUAGGUUGCUGAGCCAAACCUUUACCAGAGCAUGAUGGGGAAUUUAGUGCACUACAGCUGGUUUGCCACAUCUAGACAGUGUCCUGUGUGCAGCCCGCUAGCUAACCUAUCAGUCACAGUUUGCACUUUGCUGUAGCUUAUUAUAAUCAAUUUUAAUUGCACCAUUAAAUAAUGUUCCCAAAGAUACCGAUUGUCAAUUCUUUCACCUCUGCAUUAAUUACUCUCUUUAACCCCUUAAGGACCAAACUUCUGGAAUCAUGACAUAUCAUGUGUCCUUAAAGGACCACUCUAGGCACCCAGACCACUUCAGCUUAAUGAAGUGGUCUGGGUGCCAGGUCCAGCUAGGGUUAACCCAUUUUUUUCAUAAACAUAGCAGUUUCAGAGAAACUGCUAUGUUUAUUAAUGGGUUAAGCCUUCCCCCUAAUCCUCUAGUGGCUGUCUCAUUGACAGCCACUAGAGGCGCCUGCAUGCUUCUCACUGUGAUUUUCACCGUGAGAGCACGCAAGCGUCCAUAGGAAAGCAUUGAGAAUGCUUUCCUAUGUGACCGGCUGAAUGCGCGCGCAGCUCUUGCCGCACUAUAGUGGUCUUUUAAGGGGAUAAAGUAACCAGACAGGCUGAACUUGAUGGCACCAGUCUGUGUUCAGCCUAUGUAACUCUAAGCUUGUUUCUGAGCAAUGUAUGAUUGCUUUGCUCUGCAUGUAGAGUGUAGUGAAUGGCCCCCGGCUGUACAUUAGCAGAUGGUGUAUUAGGGCUCAUUAUACUGUGUUAAAGGAAAACGUGGAGUACAGAGUUCAUGGACAGGAAAAGCCAAGCUCGUGAUUCUUUACAAUGCGGAGUUUGUCAGAAUCCCAACAGAAUGAUUUGGGGAAACUCGAGCCUCGAUGUCCAUAGAGUUUAUUCAAUAAACUGAAUUGCUCAAUGUAGGACUAAACCAUCGAUUUGGACAAUUUCUCCAUCUCUACUAUAAUUGCAACCUGGCUGUUUUAGCCUGGAAUCUGUUUCCAUUCGCAAAGACUCCCAGUUUAGUAAAUCCUAAUCCCUGUCCAUUUCCUGCCACUCCAAACCCUCGAGUCUGGACAGUCGGUAAUUUCUAGGACCCACUGGGUUUGAAGUUUCCAGUAUUUUAUUUAUACAACUUACUGGAACACAAUUAGGAUAUUUCUUUAUAGCGAUUCCCUUGCUAAAUCCCAGUUUUGAUUGUUACAUUUUUUGUUGUUGUAACAGUGUGAUAUUCUGACAUGGUUUACACACUUGUGCGCUUUGUUUUUAAUUUUUUUUUUUUUUUCCAAAAUGUAAAUUCCAAUGGGAGCAUUGCAUAUCCCCAAAAUCUCCAGCUCUGUAUAUAUGGAUAGCUAUAUAUCUAUCUCUAAUCUCUCUGUGACAGAGGGCUAGGUUUAUCAAAGUGCCAUUGACACCUCUCUGUCUAACUUUGGGCACAAUUUAUGAAAUCUGACUUUCAUCUGUUUAUUUUUACACAGUCAUUUUGAACAUGCACCACAAAAAUUUUUUAAUUCUCAGUCGAUUUGAGGUGUGUGUGUGUGUGUGUGUGUGUGUGUGGUUUGUUUGUUCUUUCUUUUUCACGUGCACAAGAUAUCGUUGGUCCAAGAGAUUGCUGUUUGUAGGCUGCACAUUUUUAAUAAACGUUGGCCCUAAAGGCAUUUAUGGAUGUUGUCUAGUGCGCCAUUAAAGUGGCAACAUAGUGUGAGUGGUCUGAGUAAUGUCGUGCAAGUUCCUCCUGCUGCUAGUGGUCUAUAGUGUACCCGGCAGUCCGCCUGUCUAAUAUGUGGGGACUAUUUGAGUGCCUUAUGUGGAGUGCGUCCGGGGGGAGAGGUGGGAGGGGUGUCGAGAGGUCUGCCAAGUAGGUUAGUGUCCCCUGUGACCCUGGGGGGGUGGGAGGGAUGUGGGCGUGGGGACGAAGGAGUGAGCAGGCUCCUCAUAGUCUGGUCUCUGUCGGUGAGCUAUGUGGGUGUGGAAGUUAGGGAAGCAGUGGGACUGCUUCGUGAGCAUCAUUUGUGAAAAUAAUUAUAUCCCAAGGUCAGUUAGAGGUGUAUGAGAGUGUUCAAUCAGGGUGUCAGUUCCGUAAUAUAUUGCCCUGCAUUAUGGGACAAUGCCCUGGUGCGGGUGCUGGGCCCUCAUGUGGUUGCCGCUGCGUACUCGAGUUUUCCUGUACCCCAUGGGAUGAAGGGGAUUGUCUUUGCUGGAUCCCAUCUCUGAACCGUUACUGUUGUUUCCGGUGCAAUGGUGUGCGGCAGCCCAUCCAGAUGCAGGCCCAGCGUUCGCAGCAAGGUGGGUGCUUCUUGGAUGUCCGAAAUGGAGUAAGCCUUGUUGGAUGUGUAGAGUGCACGGUGUGCGCCAGCGGUAGGUAAUCUGUUUCUCUCUGAGCAGUUUGUGACAGGUAGCAGGGACCUGCGCCACUGUAGAGUUUCCCCUGACAGGUCUGCAAAGAAGGACAAAGUAAUUGAUUCAAAGCUGUAGGUGGCUGCUCCCUUCAGGACUGCGAGUACCGCCAUUUUGUUGGCCGUGCUUCUGUACUUCAACUACAGGUCUCGGGGGGCCGCCUCUGGGGUUUCGGGAUCCGGAAGGCGAUGUUCCUGGCUUGCUUAGGCGUCAGUAGGGCUCCUGUGAGCCUCCGUAGCAGGUGUGGGAUUUCCUCUGCGGUUAUUUCCCCCGGGAUCCUGCAUAUCUUGAGAUUAUUGCUACGUCUGUCGUCUUCUAUUGCCGCAAGCGUUGGUCAGUUUUGGCCUGCUUUUGUUUUAGAGCUUGCAAUUCCUGCCUGAGCUCUGAUAUUUCCUUUGCUUGCCGCUUGGAAGUGACUUUGACCGCUUCAACACGGCCCACUAGACCUGUGAGGUGCGCGCGUUGCUGAGCGACAUCUGCCUGCAGGUUUUUUUGUAAGUCUCCCAGGAGAUUCUUCAGCAGCGUCGCCGUCACUGGUUCUGCCGCCUCCGGACUUGGUGCCUGCUGUUGAGGCCUCACUAGAGGUAGAGUGGUAAUGGCUUCCUCUGGGUAGAAAUCCCCCGAGGAGUCAGAAUUCCUCGAGGUCGGCCAUCUUGGGGCCAUAUGCACCUUGUACCUGGUUGAAGAGGUCUCUUAUGUUGGCCCCCCGUUUGGGUCGGUCCGGUUUUUGUUUCUUGAUUUUCCUUCCCAUUGUCGUUUUGGGUUGUUUGGGCGUUAUCAGCAGUUUGGUGGCUGAAAAUCGUUAGUUUGCUCUGGAUAUGCACGGAGCCCAUCUACCCUGCGUUCAUUCAGAUUGGCUGCCAAGCUCCCAUUUAUGAGUAUUUUUGCCACUUUUGAGAAAAAUGGCUGAAAUUAUCCAGUCCCAGCCUUAGGAAUUAUCUGUACUAAAGACAAAGUAAUUACUACUUUUAUUGUAAGUAUGACAAAUGGUUACGUGUGUGUGUGUCCCCUUCUUUUAUUUUUUUCCCAAACUUCUACAGGCAUGAAAGGAGCAAGUUGCAGCUAAUGACCUGUGCUCUAGUCUGAAACACAAAAUGAACCCAAACCAAACAAACUCACAAUUUCAUUUAUCAAAGAAUUUAUUUCCACAUAUAAUUUACAUUGUUUUACUGUAUGUACAUACUCUAAAGAUGCUAUUUAGAGCUACAGAUACGCAGGGAUGCACCACCUACGUUACGCAUGUACCUCUACUGAUAUGUGUUAUUGUGAAUCACGUCAAAUGAGCACAAUGGCCAAAAGAGGUAAAUGCCCAUUUUUGUGACACCAAAGAGAAAACGUAGUCUCUGAAUAGUGUAUUUCUUCUGCUCUGUUCUGUAAUGAAUUCAAGUCUUGCAUAAUUUCACCUACGUCGUGUAUUGUCUUUCAAGGCUAAUUGUGUUGUGAAACAUGUUUUUGUGUACUUUGGAUGGUAAUAAGUUAACUCUGAUCUUUGUUCAUUAGAUAGGGAUGCUGCUGAUAAUCAUUAAGCUUUGAAAAGUUCAAUUAAGUUGACAGCAUGUUUUGAAUAUUGCAUGGAAAUUUAAUUUAAUGGAUAUUGUUAAAUUUUUUUUUUUUUUUUUUUGCUAGUAAUCGAAGUAGUCAUUUUAACUGUAUCACUUGCAUAGCAUUCCAGGACAGCCGGGUAGUGAAAUAAGCAAAGACGGCUUGCUUAUUUGUUUUUUUUAAACAGUUUGGAUUUAAUUAUUGAUAAUAGAUAUGCUCUGAUAGAUCCCUCGAUAUUACAACCCAAACUCACAAUUGCUGCUUUGUAAGUAACCUCCUCCUCAAACAAAAACAAUCGAAAUGUUUUUUUGUUUUUUUAAUAAAUGGUGGUCAGGGACAAGAUGCUAAAUCUGACAAAUAUUAUAUACAGAAAUAAAGUUCUAAUACAGGUAACCCAUACAUAGACCAGGAGAAAUGCUAUUAAAACUGAAUAGACAUGAGAAUGGCUUUCUAAGUACAGGCGGGGGUGUCCUACACAGAACGUUCCUGGGGGCAGAUCAGCAGGGAAUUCGGUAAUUGUGCAUAUUAAUAAUUAUAUGUAAUAUGUGUGUUCUAAAUGGAACAUAUAAUCUGUAUGUCUUGCUGCAGGUGGUUUUCAAUCUCUCCUAAUUGACUUUCAGCUUAUCGUACUGAUGACUCCCAGCCUUGGGUUUUGCCAGUGGUUAAAAAGGUGGAGCAGAAGAUUGCAAAUGACAACUCUUUAAAUCAUGAAUACUUGCCAAUUUUGGGUCUCCCAGAGUUUCGCUCUAGUGCUUCCAGAAUUGCUUUAGGGGAAGAUAGUCCAGCAAUCAAAGAGGCUCGGGUAAGCUUUGAUUUUUGUAAAGCAUCACAUUGUCAGCUUGUUGGCUGAAUGCUUUCUUUCUCAUAUAUUCAUGGUCUGAUACAGUUCUCAUCGUUAUACACAUAAUUGUUCAAAUAUUCCCUGAACUGCCGAUACACCAUUUUAAUGUGUAUUCUUAUUUUAUUUUUAAGUACGGUGGUGUUCAAUCCUUGGGUGGCACUGGAGCACUGCGAAUUGGAGCAGAGUUUCUAAGGAAAUGGUACAACGGAACGAACAAUACUGCUACUCCCAUCUACAUCUCUGCUCCUUCUUGGGGUAAGAUAUAUAUUGUCCUACAUACGAUCUUACAAUUAUUUAUAUAGCACCAACAAAACCGGUGAAUAGAGCCCUUGCAGUCUAAGAUAUUGUCCUUACAUACUAGUUGUUUGUUUUUACCAUACUUAAGACUCCAAGCAGACCCUAAAUAAUUGCAGGAGCUGUACUUUGUGUGCAUAUACAGUUGUAAUCAUAAUUAUUCAACACUUACUGAAAAUCAGGUUAUUGCCAAAAUUUACAGACUUAGCGGAUUUCAAUGACAAAUUAAACAAAAGCAAUUGAAAUGGCUUAACACAAUCAAUGCUUCAAGGUGGGAAAUGUAUGAUAUGCAAUCGGCUUAUUUUCUCUCUACAAUGGUACAAAUGAGCUAAGACUAUUGUAAUAACUUAGCAGGGACCCACUAAGCACGGGCGAUUAGUCCAUUUUCAGAAUGCUUAGAUUUGGUUUGGGAACUCUCAUCCCCUCCUUUCCAACCUGUUGUAUGCGGCUUUGUGUAAUUUAUUUAAAAAAUGUAAGGCGUCCUUUUGUCAAGUGUUCUAACGUGUGUAACUGUGUAAGAUUAGAAAGGCAUGGUGUGCACUUUCUUGGUUACAAAAUAAGCCAAUUUAAAUGUCUCAUUUUUUAAUUUUUUUAUUUAUUAAGAAAACCAUAACGCUGUAUUCAUUGAUGCUGGAUUUAAGGAUAUCAGAGCAUACCACUACUGGGAUGCUGCUAAUCGAGGACUUGACCUUCAGGGAUUUCUGCAACAUUUAGAGGUCAGUAUUGAAGAACUACAAGAAAUGUAAUGGCUCAUUUACCGUACUUGUAUCAUAGCGCUCUGUAACAGCAAACUGACACUAGGUUUCAGAAUAUUUAGGAAUCCUCAUGGCACACCAUGUGUUAAAAGGGUUUGAUACCUCUUCAGUUGUGAGAAGCUAGUGGACACACCGUUUACUUACCUGCUCAAUUAUACUAACCCUAGUGCAUAUAUUCAGUCUGCUGGUUGGCAUAAAACUUUAUAUUUUAUUUCUUGCCCUAUCUGGGGUGUAUAGUUGUAUCCAGGUCCUCUAUACAGAGUGUUGCAACUUUUAGAAAUUGCUGCAUUGUUUGUGGGGUUGACAAUAAGAUAAAGUACAUUUGUGUCCAUUGAUAACUUAGUUUUUGGAUAUAUAAAUUUUGGAAUACUCUUUAAGGGAUGGUCUUAGAUACAGCAUGUCAUAUUCACAGCUUACAAUUUGUCUCAAAUGUGUCUAGUUUGAGGAAGAUCAUGCCAAUCAUUUUGUCUUCAUCAAACGAUCCUGUGAUGUAUCACUUUCUGUAUAUGGUAUGAGUUACACUUUCUGUAGUUUCCUUGUACAUCAGCGAAUAUCUCUCUUGUAAAUGUUGUUUUCCAAGCUAUUAACGUUUACUUUGUUUCAUCCACAAAGCUGCAUUCAGAUUUGCAUACAAAAUGCAUAUACUACUGUAGUUUACUCAUUACAAAGGACGUUAUUAGGAAAAAAGAAUGUAUAUACUUUUUGGAUUUUUACACAGUAACAACAAAUUUAGAUUAACAUGUUUAUCUUGUCUGACUCGGUAUUCUUAAGUGCAUUUCAGGAUAUCCAAGCUAUGUGAGAACAUGUCCACUGGCAUGCUCCUGUUCUCUCAGUUUUUGGGUGUAUGUGUAUCUAUGUUUAUCUAAUCUCCUAAAGGAACACUAUAGCAUUGGGAAUCAAACAUGUAUUCCUAAUGCUAUAAAUUUUUAUUUUAUUUUAUUUUUUAAGUUUUUGGGGUGCCCGACCUCCCUCAAAGUGCAAGAAAAGUGAGAUUUAUUUAACUUGAAAUGUUGGUCCUGCAAUCUUUGCACUACUGAACCCUGGAAGUGUUGCUAGUUAGCAAUGUAAAGACUGCACAUAAAUGUUUUUGCAUUGCUAAGGCUGCACGGAAAUCCUAUAGACACAGAACAGGUACAUUAAGCUGUAUUUGUUCCGGUGACUACAGUGUCUUUUUAAAGGGACUCUCCACGUCCAAGAAAAAAACAUUUGUAAGCUAGGUGCUCUGGGCAAUUGCUGCCUCUUGUGUAUAUUGUCUGCAUGUAUUAAAUAUGUAAGCUCUUUAUAAUGUGUACAUGCUUGCUGUCAAUCUUAUUUGUUUUCAAACAGAAUGCACCCGAGUACUCUAUCUUCGUUCUUCAUGCAUGUGCACACAACCCUACUGGGACCGACCCCACUCCUGAUCAAUGGAAGAAAAUAGCUGACGUCAUGAAGGUAUGAGGGGAAAUAUCAGGUUUUGUAAUAUACCUACUUCUCCCUGUGAAUAGAGCUCCUGUAUGUCUGCGUACACCUGUUUAAUUACGUGUUUGCAUUUACACAGAGUACUUAGGGCUGACAUCCUCCUUCCCAUAGCUAAAACAGCAUUUAAUCCCAUUUAAUCUUCUCAAAUACAGGGGGACUACAGUCCUAUUAUAUUGAUUGAAGACCUUUUAGGUAACCAGAACUCCUAAUCCCUGUCCCGUUAGAAGAUAAACGUGUUCAUUAAAUCUGCGUGACACAUUGCUAGUCUGUACUCUUUCUCUUCUGUUUAAGUUCAGAAAAGGUUUAUUUUUUUUUUUUUUUUUAAAGUCUUCUUAAACUAUUUGUUUUUAAAUUUUGUUUAUUUGCUUUUAUUAACCUUUUUUGACAUGUAUGCAUAAUUUUAAGCCAAUCUGUCCCGUUUCUUUUUCUUUUUUUCCCGCAGAGAAAGUAUCUCUUCCCAUUCUUUGACUCUGCCUAUCAGGGAUUUGCUUCUGGAGAUCUUGACAAAGACGCAUGGGCCGUACGCUAUUUUGUAUCUCAGGGAUUUGAACUGUUCUGUGCUCAAUCAUUUUCCAAGAAUUUUGGUUUGUACAGUGAGUAUUUCUUUCUGGAAGAUCAUACUUUUUAUUAUAUUUUGAAAUCGUUUUAAUGAAGUUAUGUUUAAAAGUGUCCCACCUUUCAAAGUAUUUAACAAUUUGUUCUAUAGAGGAGAGUGCUUGUCUGGCAGAGGUUUUGACCAGGUAGCAUUGGAUCACUGCAGUCUACUGUUUCCAAACAGUACAAAUUGAAUGCUCAAAAUAUCUAAUUUCUUUAAGUCAAUAAACCCCUAAGUGAAAAGUAUAAUAUUGGUAUGGUUCUAUUCAAAUGUGUUAACCCCUUAAGGACACAACUUCUGGAAUAAAAGGUAAUCAUGAUGGAAUAUUUCCAUCAUGUGUCCUUAAGGGGUUAAGAAAUCAUUUUAUGUACAUGUUAAAGUUGCGGGUUUUUUUUUUGUUUUUUUUUCUCUUUUCAUAUAGACGAGAGGGUGGGUAACCUGACUGUUGUGGGAAAAGACAGUGAAAAUGUUGGCCGUGUCCUCUCGCAGAUGGAGAAAAUUGUCCGUACUACUUGGUCAAAUCCACCAUCACAAGGCGCACGCAUUGUGGCAAUAACUCUGAACACCCCUGAACUGUUUGAUGAAUGGUGAGAUAUUAAUUUUUGGUUUGUGAUGUCAAGUCUACUAUUGGUAAUGUUUGUGCCUAUGGUUCUAUUCACCAAAAGAAGAUUUAAAAAGAGAAACCGAGUUUGGCCACUAACAGUCAACCAUGUAAGUAGGCUUACGAUCUCACAAUUUUGUAGUUGAAAAUAAAUGUUGGUCAAGGUCAGAUGCUCCAAUGCAAAAGUAAUUUCUUUGUAGAUGCUCUUUGAUGUGAGACUGUUAUAAACUAUGCUUUUCAUAUUUAUUUGUAUUACUGAUGAUCACUUGUUAAAGCAGUACAGUAGCUCAUUGUUCAUUUCUCUAUAGGAGGGAUAAUGUGAGGACCAUGGCUCAUAGAGUCCUGUUGAUGAGAUCUGAACUCAAAUCAAGGCUGGAAGCCCUUAAAACUCCAGGCACUUGGAACCACAUUGUUGAACAAAUCGGAAUGUUCAGCUAUACUGGGCUAAACCGUAAGUUUCCGCUCCAUGGAGAUCACUAUGACAUCAUAUGUAUUUGUGGAAUGGAUAUGAUGGGGAUAUUAGAUUUGAAAUGUGAAAAAAUAUAUAAUUUUUAAUUUAUUUAGAUGGGGAUGCUAGAUGGAAAAAGUUUGCUCAGUCAGCUGUUAAUAUUUGUUUGUUUUGAGUUGUACUUUGAUUGUAUUCUUGAGCAGUAUCUAUAGGGGAUGUGUGAUGCUAACCCUCCAAUUACAUAAGAACAAUUUUCAUUUUGGAAAUGUUGCGUGCCUACUCAGAUAUAUCAUUAGUUUCAAAAAGCUAACCCUUCAUUGUUUUCCUUUCUCCAGCUAAGCAAGUGGAGUAUCUCAUUAAAGAUAAGCAUAUCUACCUGAUGGCCAGUGGUCGCAUUAAUAUGUGUGGAUUAACAACAAAGAACAUUGACUAUGUCGCUCAGUCUAUUUAUGAAGCUGCCAACAUUCAUUAAACAUGUUGAUGACAUUUAAUUUGUGAUGUGUAGUACGUGGACUAAUGUUCACUGUUGAAACCUUACCCGUGUUUUUGUUAAUGCUUUAAAAUGGAACAAAUAUUCUGCAGGGAGAAUUGUUACACAAGCUUAUGUGUUUAUAAGGAACACUUAUUGUAUUCUAUGGUUAAUUCCUUUUUAUUGAAACCUUGAAUGGCUUCCCAUAUCUCCCUCUUUCUGUUCGUGAGCUCUAAUCUCCUAGUUUUCCAUACUAGAUAUAAUGCGUGUUACAGAUUUUAAAGACUGCAAAGCAGCUGGUAACCACAAAGAAUAACAGAGAUGGAUGUUUAGGAAUACUCUUGGUGAAAAUUUAAAUACACCUGUCAACCACCAAUGGCAGACAACACAUGUUCAUCUUACGAUAGACCUAUUCUAUACAGUGGCUUGUAAAAUAGUUUAAAAGAACAGGUACAGUCCUCUGUAAUGGUUAUGGUACUAGGAAUGUCUCUGCACCCUCCCAGAAUAAAGAGUGACAGUUUCAAAAUGUGAACCCCAAGUAAAAUUAUCAAACCUGUCUUAAUGGUCUGGUUACUCUAGAGGGACCCCUGAAGUGUUCCUAUAACAGAAACUGACUGAAAGCUGAUAUUGUCUUCAUUCAAAAUGUUGUACCUGCGUGUGCAUAACUCUGGCUAUUGUGGGGAGCGGUAUUCUGGAUUUGGGAUAAACUGUUGCAUGAAUUGCCGCCUUUCAAUGCCAUAUUUAUAAUAACUUUAUGGUGUUGCUUCGCGUAGGUAAAGCAGGUUAGACAAAUAUUAAAUAUAAACUUGGCAAGUACAAUGUAUGGAUCAACAUUUUACCCCUUCUAGAUACAUUCUGAUAGGCUCACUUUAACAGCUAAACUCUCUCUUCCCCUUCUGCCCCCGCUCCCUUCCCUGUUCAUACCAGUGGUUUUAUUUGUGCUUACCAUUGGUGUAAUGGGGGUACGGUUUCUUCUGGCAUGGAGAUUGUACAUACAUUAUCUGCUUCAUUUAGUAACUGUCCAGCCCGAGUGGUAAAUGGUUGUUUUUCCACACUUAAAAGGAGAACUGUCACUUCCCAAAAGCGUUAAUAUAUUUAUGUAUCUCUAUAUUUAAUGUGUUUGAUUAUGAAAUUUAAAUGUAGAAAUCAAACUGUUCAAAUCCUGUAACUGGGUAUCUCCAUCUUGGCUCCCUGGGAGGUCAGCAUAAAGAAAGCAUACAGAUAUUUAUAUUUCUUCUCUCUGUUAGCAAUAAUUGCUCUGGCUGAACUGGAUCCUGAUGUAAUUUGCUCAAUCUUUAAUAUAAAGUUAGAACAUGGAAAAAGGUUAACAUAAUUAAUGGGUGAUAUUGUUUUAUUGAUGAUGCAUACCUUCCAACAUGUCGAGGUUGGUAAUUGGGAUGAGUGGGCAAGCCUUCUAUGGGGGGUCAUUAGUAAUUUAUCUUGUGUCACUAGCAACAUCCAUAAUGGGUCAGCCAGCCUGGGAAGUGGUCUACCUGGGACCAAGAAACCCAGUCGUCGUCCUCCUUGUAGGACUAUGCAGUGAGUGCUUCUGAACUACUCGAAAUAGUCCUUGUGCUUGCUCCACAGUGCAAACUUAUCUAAUGAUGCCCUCGCUAUGUGUUGCCUUAUUGUCCCCAAAGAUCUAAAUCAGGCGGGAGAGGACUUGGGAGCCUUGAAUGAUCUUUCCAGAUUAGUGACUGUACCUCUUUAAUAUGCAAAUUGUUUUUGCCUUUCCUUUUACAACUGACUUUCAAAGAACUUAAAAGUAGUUGAAGUUUCUAUAUUUCUAACUCAAAUUAAAACUAUCUUUUUGAUCAUUGUGAAUAACUUUGUGAAGCAAAUGCUCACUUCAGCAAAAACCCUGUUUCUUUAACUUCUAGCCAUCUAUGACCCCAAAAUGGAAGGUCUUUUUAACCUAUAACUAUAUCCUAUUUUCAGAGACAUACACUUUAAAAAAAAACUAAACAUAACUGCAGACUGCAUAAACAGGGUAAUAAGCCCAACUCCUGAAUACCCCAAAUCUGUGCAGACAGAAGUAGAUUUAGCACUGCAGAUUACUGGCCUGUUUUCUUUAUAUAUAACAAGGCGCUGUAUAAUCUAGGUCCAUAAAAUGCAUGCUCACCCCCUUCUUUUCUGAGGGAAGCAUAUGUUUACAGAUCCACUUAUUUUUAAUUGCAUAAAAGCUUAACCAGUUACAAUAAGCGCACUAUUUUAUUCAUGCAAUUUUUAACAAUUUUUGCUGCACACAUCUCAAUGUUUAAUAAAUUAAUGGUGGUAAGCCAUACUUUGGUUUCAUGAAGAUUCACAUCUGGCAUACUGUCAUAAUUAAGUGCAAAAUCACAUCUCUUUCUAGUAUGUUAUUGGCAGACAUGUCUUUAUUAUGGUGUUUAUGUAUAUUGUGACCAGUGCAAUACAUAGCUGUAGGCCAAGAAUUCUCACUUAUAGUCUUGGAACACUAUAAAACCAAAAACAACUGUCUUAAGUAAACGUGCAAAUCAUUGUGUUGUGCUAAUUUAUUAUGAAGGAAAUAAACAGAAUUAUACGGAGUGCACCAAUCCUCUGUUUUAUUGCUUUUUUUAUUUCAAGAUUUAAUGUAGCAAAGUGUUUGUUCCUG